CACCACGCAGUUUUCUCCAUUCAUUGUUUUCAAUACGAAAUGUCAAAAAAAAAAAAAACAAAGCCUGCCAUUUUAGUGCUCCAUUCAACAUGAACAUCUCUCUGCUUCUCAUCACCACGGAGCGUUCCACAAAGAUCCAAACUCUGUAAAUUCUUCAAACAAGAAAGAGAAACUCGCAGCAAAAUUCUCCAAUAAACGAAACCCUAUUGGACACUUGAAUUUGCCUAAACCUUUCGUUUGUCUCUUACCCCAAAUCCUGAAUUUUACUGGAUCGAGUAGAAAAAGCUUCGUGGAUUCUUCUGCAGAUUCGUUUUGAAGAGAAGAAGAAAUGUCGUCAAAUAGAAGAACCAAUAGUUCCCGAAGCUGGUCUACUCGAUCCAGACAAAACUCUCGAGUCACCUCACAGGUCCUUGCUGAUGCAAAGCUACACGGAAAUUUCGAAGAGUCCGAGCGAUUAUUCGACUAUUCAGCCUCAGUGAACCUAAACAUGCCGAGUUCUUCCUACGACAUUCCUUCUUCUUCAGCCAUCUCAACUUACCUACAGAAGAUUCAGAGAGGAAUGUUGAUUCGGCCCUUUGGCUGCUUAAUCGCUGUCAAUUCGAAAACCCUCAAAGUAAUUGCUUAUAGUGAAAACACACAAGAGAUGUUGGGUCUAACUCCACACACUGUGCCAAGUAUGGAGCAAAGAGAAGCUCUGAGUAUAGGAACAUAUGUGCAAUCACUGUUUCAGUCUCAAGGUUCUUCCGCGUUGCAGAAAGCUGCAGACAUUGGUGAGAUUAGUAUCCGAUAACGCUUCAUUGCAAAGCUUCGAGUAAGCCCUUUUACGCAAUUCUGCAUCGAAUCGAAGAAGGUCUUGUUAUAGAUUUGGAGCCGGUGAGUCCUGAUGAGGUGCCAUUUCCUUUGAGAUACGCUUGUGAGUUGUGAGUUCUUGACUCAGGUGUUCGGCCUGCAGAUCAACAAAGAAGCAGAAUCGGCUCUUCUGUUGAAAGAAGCGUAUCCUGCAAACUCAGAGUGUGUUAUGUGACAUGCUUUUUCGCAAUGCACCCUUAGGUAUUGUCACUCAGUCACCAAAUAUAAUGGAUUUUGUUAAAUGUGAUGGAGCAGCUCUUUACUACAGAGAGAAGCUCUGGUCUCUUGGGGUUACUCCCACAGAGACACAAGUUAAAGAUAUAAUCGAUUGGGUUCUCAGAAGUCAUGGAGGAAACACUGGCUUCACCACUGAGAGUCUAAUGGAGUCUGGCUACCCUGAUGCUUCAGUUCUCGGGGAGUCUAUCUGUUGAAUGGCUGCUGCAGUAUAUAUAUCUGAAAAGGAUUUCCUUUUAUGGUUCAGGUCUGGCACCGCGAAACAGAUCAAAUGAGGCGGUGCAAGACAUGAUCCUAAUGACAGAGAUGGUAAACAGAUGCAUCCUAGAUCCUCAUUCAAGGCUUUGAUGGAGACAGUCAGGUGGAAAAGUAAGCCAUGGGAUGACAUGGAGAUGGAUGCAAUCAACUCUCUACAGCUAAUAAUAAAUGGGUCAUUGCAAGAGGAGCAUCCAAAGACUGUUGCCAAUGUCAUCCCAUCUGUGGAUAAUAGGGUUCAGAAAGUGGAUGAGUUGUGUGUUAUAGUGAAUGAAAUGGUGCGGUUGAUCGAUACAGCUGCUGUUCCAAUCUUUGUAGUUGAUGCCUCUGGUGUUAUAAACGGUUGGAACUCAAAAGCGGCUGAGGUAAUUGGGUUGGCUGUUGAACAAGCAAUAGGUAAACCUGUGUUAGAUCUCGUUGAGGACGAUUCUGUGGAGACCGUUACGAACAUGUUAGCAUUGACUCUCGAAGGUAGUGAAGAACGUGGCGCUGAGAUCACGAUCAGAUCAUUUGGUCCUAAAAGGAAAAGCAGUCCAGUUGAAUUAGUCGUCAACACUUGUUGUAGUAGAGAUACGACGAACAAUGUUCUUGGUGUAUGCUUCACUGGACAAGAUGUUACAGGCCAGAAGAUGCUUAUCAAAAACUAUAGCCGCGUGCAAGGAGACUAUGCAAGAAUCAUGUGGAGUGCUUCUUCAACACUCAUCCCACCAAUUUUUAUGGCCAAUGAGAAUGGUUUAUGCUCAGAGUGAAACGACGCAAUGCAGAAGCUCUCGAGGAUAAAGAGAGAAGAAGCUGUCGAUAAAAUGCUUCUCGGUGAGGUUUUUACUUCGAAUGAUUAUGGUUGCCGCCUUAAAGACCAUGAUACUUUAACCAAACUGAGAAUAGUUUUAAAUGCUGUGAGUUCUGGCCAAAAUAACAUAGAGAAGCUUCUCUUUGGCUUCUACCAUCGCGAUGGUAGCUUCAUCGAGGCAUUGCUUUAUGCAAACAAGAGGACUGAUAUUGAGGGAAAGGUCACCGGGGUUUUAUGCUUCUUGCAAGUACCUGGUCCAGAACUCCAAUAUGCUCUACAGGUUCAGAAAAUAUCAGAGCAGGCAAUGGCCUGCGCUCUUAAAAAAUUGUCAUAUCUCCGCCAGGAAGUAAAGAACCCGGAAAAAGCGAUUUCUUUCCUUCAAGAUUUGCUACAUUCAUCUGGAUUAAGUGAAGAACAGAAGCAGCUCUUGAGGACAAGCGUUUCUUGCAGGGAGCAGUUAGCCAAAGUCAUAAGCGACUCAGACUUGGAGGGAAUCGAAGAAGGCUAUGUGGAGCUCGAUUGCAGCGAGUUCAACCUAGAGGAAUCUCUGGAAGCAGUUGUGAAACAAGUGAUGAAGCUGAGCAUAGAACGUAAAGUUCAGAUCAUCUGCAAUUAUCCUCAAUAAGUUUCGUCAGUGAGACUGUAUGGAGAUUGCGUAAGGCUUCAGCAAAUCAUCUCAGAGACUCUCAAGCAGCUUAAGGUUCACGCCUGCAUUUAAGGGACUAUGCGUAUCAUUCAAGGUAAUGGCGCAUAUAAAAGCUAUAGGGAAAAUAAUAAAGAGAAUGGAGCUCGAGUUCAGGAUAAUUCACCCUGCACCGGGACUGCCUGAUGAUUUUGUAAGAGAGAUGUUUCAGCCUUUGAGGAAAGGAACAUCAAGGGAAGGUUUGGGAUUACAUAUUACACAGAAGCUUGUGAAACUCAUGGAGAGAGGAACGUUGAGGUACUUGAGAGAGUCGGAAAUGUCAGCUUUUGUGAUCCUCGCAGAAUUUCCCUUGAUUUGAAGUCUUUGAGGUCUUAAUAAUAAUUGAAUAAAAAGUGGUGUUUUUGAAAUUUGUCAUUCUUUUCUUCACAGAAAUAUAUGUUUAGUUACUGUAACAUAAAUAUAGGAAUUUGAUUUGAUAUAUAUAUGUUUGCUCCAAAUUGGCUUGACU